CAUUCAUUUACUAUUUGUUUGAUUUGAUAAUUUGUUAGAUAGUGUUUUGCUUUUGUUCCACUUUGCUUAAUUUCACUACACCUAUAGUUAAAUCGAGUGGCUUUUGAUAAAGUUUGUCAACUCUUUUCAGAAUUAAUUCUUGAAUUGAAAGCCUCGACAUCUCGAGAGUCUCAUUGGAUUGCACAUACUGCUAGAAUUGGUUACUGAGUUGAAAACCUCGACGUUGCGAGAGAUUUAUUGAAUUGCACUUACUGUUAGAAUCUUGUCUGAUAUCCUGCCCCAGUUCUAUGAAUCAGCUUUGGUUGGCUAUCAUUUUGGUGAAGUCAGAAUGAGCUGGAAGGAUCACGCACCUGUCAUCGGUCUCCUCGAUCAAUACUACUGUUGGACAUCAUCGCUUGAAAUCUACUUAAGAUAUGUAUUUUCCUGUUACAAGGUACCACUCGAAAGCCAAGCUGAGGUUUUCAAAUCAGAUGACGUCAAAGGACUUCUUGCUGAUACAAUCGUCUCGUGCAGGUGCUGUAGCGUUUUAGUCCCUGACGAUCUCGUGCUUUUCCAUUGUCAACAGCAACAACUAGAGAUUGUCGAAGGAAUACUUCAUAAGUACUGCAAGCGUUUCGAUCGGAAAGACCAUGCUGGAAAGUCGUUCGAAAAAGAACUGUCGGCUGCUGCAAGCCUCGCAGGUAAAGAAUGGGAAGCAUUGUCCUUUGCGAUCGGGUCAGACCUCAUGAUGCACUUGCUAAGUCAGAUGGCCUUGUUUAUCAAACUUCCGAAAGGCAAUUUAUUGCAAGUUACUGGGAAGUCAUUGUGGAGAGAGUAUCCAUUAGGUGACCAUUCUUGCAGAUCAAUGUUCCAAGAAUCGGUAGAUAGAUUUGUUCCAGGACUCAUAAAGGUACCCUCCACUAGGAUGUCACUAAGAUGCCAGAUUAAUCGUCGUGACCGCACGCUGUCCACUGAAUCUGAGUCAAUUUUAGAAGAUGAAGACGCUCUUGUUGUACCUGAAAUGAACGAAUCUUCCAUGUUUAGUGUUACCUUGAACACAAGUAAAGACCGGGCUUCUCCUCCUGUGCCCACAGAAUCGGAGUCACUUUUUGAAUCUGAGAUGUCUUUUGCUUCAAACAUUGAAGAUUCCUGUGAUUCGAAGGGUGAGAGAACAAGUAUACUUACCCCAGAAGGUAAAGGAAAUGUUCGUAGGCCCUUGGAUGUAAAAAUUAAGGAGGAAGUUAUAAAAACGAGAAGCUUACUGUAUAACCGUCGUGUCAGUGAAAAACUGUUCGAUUCCCAUAUCUUGAACAAAGUUCAGCCUUCACGCAAGGGAGCCCAACUACUUGCAAAGCAAAUAUUUCUUCGAGAUGGUCAACAACAUACGUAUAGAAAGCUUCCUUCAAAGCUUAAUCGGGCCGUUGCUUUGCUUUGUAAAUGUAUAAAAAAUUAUCGAAAAUUGAACAUCAAGGCUGUUUUGGAGACGUGUUGCCCUUUGCCUGCUACGGUGAAAACAUUGCUUAGAGACUAUCGGAAGGAGAGGAGUAAGGAAAAAUCCCAGAAAAGUACUUCAUCUCAGCAAGUUCGAAGGCUGAAGAAGAACAAGGCACUGCUGUUCAAUGUUGCUGCUUCUAGCUUUGUUGAACCGUACAAGGUUUUUUUAUUUGUUAAACGCAUCUGCCAGAAAGUCUUCCAGCGAAAUCUUCUUGGCACCAAGGUUAAUUGGCGGAGGUUUUUCAAAAACAUAAAACCAUUCUUUGACCUUGGCAAAAAUGAGUUUAUGUCUAUGUCUGAAUUGACAAAUGGCAUAAAACUCUCUUUAUGCAACUGGAUGUUCAGGUCGGGAAAGAGACCCGUAGGCAUCCAGAAGCCCUUCCUGGCUUGGCAGGAGAGUACAUUGAAAAGCCUGAUUCGCUGGAUUGCUGAAGACUUUUUGAUUCCUUUGGUGAGAUCUUGUUUCUAUGUCACUGAAACCGGGAUGGAUCACGACAGAAUAUUCUUCUACAGACGCACAUCUUGGUCAGCCAUUGAAUCGUUAGGCAAGGAUUCCUUCUUUGCUGACGGCUUCAAAAGGGUGAAGGAGAAAGACGUUCUUCACGCUGUUUCCACGGGUGCUGCUUUUGGUUGCGGAAAGGCUCGGUUCAUUCCGAAGAAGUCUAAGGUCAGACCAGUCGUCAACAUUCAUUGGGACGACAAGGAUGACAAAAAAGAGAUGGAGAAAGUCAUAUCCAUCUUGAAGUUUGUAAAGAAACAGCGCCCCCUUGUAACUGGAUGUGCUGUAUCAAGUAUCAGUGAAAUUCAUCAUCGCCUUCUCAACUUCUCGAUGAAGCUGAGAGCAAUGGGAAGACUAGGCUCAAAGCUUUAUUUUCUUUGCUCGGACAUCGAACGCUGUUUUGAUAACAUGCCUCACGAUAAGCUCCUUGAAGUUAUCAGACAUUCUUUGAAAGAGAAAGAGUACUUAGUGAGGAACUUCAGAACCAUCUGCAACGUUACCCACGGUGUCAUCAAAAUGAAGGACAGUCAUGCUGUAGCGGCUGCCGCAAACUGCAGACCUUUCCCGGUAUUUUUGAAGGAAAAUCUUCUUUCAGACGAUAUUCGGGUCAGGAACUCUGUCAUUAUUGACGUUGGGGAUGAAAUAAGAUCACGCAAUAGAGUCAUUUCUCUUGUCACCAAGCAUGUUGAACAGAGCUAUGUCCAGUUUGGGAACACUUUUUAUCGUCAUAUCCGUGGUGUUGCACAAGGCUCCAUGCUAGCUACAUACUAUUGCGAUUUUUUAUAUGGCCAUAUGGAAGCGCAGUUUAUGGGAGACUUCCUUGUCUCCGACAACUGUAUGCUGAUCCGUUGGACUGACGAUUAUCUUCUUAUUGGCACGAGCAAAGAAAUUAUAGGGACUUUCGUCCAGAGGCUUGGUCUAGGAUUUUCCCAGUACGGUUUCAGCUUGAACGCAAGUAAAUCAAGAUCAAACGUCGAUAGCACCUCGCUGAACUGCCCUUUGAAAUUACAGAAGAUGUUUGGGGAAUGGUUUGGGUGGUGCAAUCUCCUGAUCAAUACCAAAACAUUAGAAGUAAAAUACAAUUUCGAGAAUUACAUAGGGGGUUCAGUCGGUGAAACGGUCACUGUUCGGCUUGAUUCACGCCCGGGAGUGCGGUUGUUACAGCGAUUGUGUCAUCACAUCAGAACGAGGUUGUCCUCGGUUGUAGUUGACCCAAGGCUUAACAGUGCAAAAGUGAUAGAGCAUAACUUAUGUCACAUUGCAUACCUAACUGCCAAAAAGAUGGAUUAUAUUGUUGGCAGACUCCCAAAAGAUUCAAGGCCAAACAAGCAUCCAAUUUUUUGGAAAAAUGCUAUUCACCGUAUUUUCAAGGCUUUCUAUCGCCACUAUCGACGGGUUCACCAAAGGGCAGGUGCUACUGCUAACAGCAUGAUUCCGAAGAAAGUUGCAAAAAAUAUAUAUUUUGCAGCUAUUAUUCGGGUUAUGUCCACAAAAUGUACAAGAUAUCGUCAAAUAAUGAAGCAAUUCUCGGUUUCACAAAAAAAAAGUUGGCAAAAGGAAGAACUUGUACUCCUCAAGUAAAACAAGUCAGCGGUAAGUAAAUAUACUCUUAUCGGUGUAUUUGUCGUCUCAUAAGAAAACUACCUCUUUUGUGGCAAGAUUUAGCUGAUGUUUCUAUACCUCUUGUUUUGAUAUUAAGGGUUGGCUAGUUACGUUCGUUAAUUACUCGUUAGUAGAACAUUCUUCAUUAAAUCAUUUGCAUCAACUAAAGGCCACACGAAAUGCUUAAAUCUGACUUUUUGUGCAAAUACCCCUAGUGUAUAUUCCUGCGAACAUAGGUUUAUACUCUUUUCUGUGGUGUUUUGAAAAGAUUUUAGCCUUUAAGUCCAGCACCAGCACCCAAAAUAAUGUCUAUUCAUAGAUCCAUAUUUAAUCACGCUAUUACAAUUUAUCCUUUUGUCAAUAAAUGUUUUGUUUCCCUUAUACUUGCAAUCAAAAUAAAUCUUGAUCUGUGGACAUUUUGACUUUAGAAAUUUUAAAAUGAAAAACUCAAAAAGAUAUUAUAUUUACCAUAAAAUAUUGUAACGGGUGCAUCUGUUUUCUCUACUAAGUUUUCUUUAACUAGGCAUGCUUCUAUUUCAAAUCUUUAAGUCAAUUAUUCCUAUAUAUAUACAGUUAUAUAUUAUUAGCAAGUUACAGUAUGUAAUGUGUCAAAUAGGUAAAGUGUUAUUACAACGAUAAACCAAGGAACAUGAAACAAAACCUUCUUUAACUAAAGUUAAAAAUAUGAACAAGGAGAACGAAUUAUUAGAUGAGCUCAAAAUUAAUUUGUUGCAGUUCAAAACGAUGCUAUAAGAACCACAUCUUUCGAUUUUUCAAUCGUUGGUUUGCCAAUAUUUCUCCAUACAACAAAUAUGAUAGUGAUACUGCAACAUGUUGUAUGAUAUUUCCUUGAAAAUUGUAGUGAAUUAUGAAUUGAAAAUGUCAAUGUAAAAAUCUUCUGCACGAACUGGCAAGCAACUGACAAACAAAAAGUUAAGCAUUACUUGAAAUUUGUUUGUUUUUCAGUGUCAUUAGAGUUCCAAGCAUGGUUGAUUUGAAUUUUUGUACCAGGUUUGGUAUCGAUAGACACUAAUAUUCUUUGACUAAUGAUCCUAUACAACUUCCGUAUCACGAUUCACACAAUGUAAUUUUUUAUUCUUACCAGUUUGUAUAAACAAGAGGGUUUAUGUCUUUUCUUGAUCCAGGAAUAAGGGGAUAGAUACCCAGGUGGGAGAGUUGAAGAACCCCGAAAUCCUUGGCCUGGAAGAUUAGCUGAUAACCCAACGUCAUAGAGUUCUAAAGGGAUGACGUCACAAAAUCUUUUUCAGAAUUUUCGAAUUUGGAUCCCAUAACCUGAAAGAGCAUCAUGAAAUUCCUCUAAUUGUAAAAAAUCAGUCAAAUGUGUUACAAAUUGGCAGAGAUAUGGCCACAUGUGUAUUUGUUCUUUCCCCAGCAAACCUCUGUAUUUUGGUCUCUGUUCAUAAAGUUAUGAACAGAGUCUAAAUAACAGUGAUUCGUUAGCAAACUUCAAAUCUUUCAUUGGCUGUAUGUCAACCGAUUUUAGACAUGUUUGGUCAAUUUUGCAUAUUUUAAAGUAUUUCAUGGUGCUCUUUUAUGUUAUGUGGUUUAAAUUCAAAAAUUCUAAAAAAGGUUUUGGUGACGUCACACUUUAGAACUCUAUUGGCGAAAAACACAGAUACCUCAAUUAUACAGCCACGCAUUUAGCACUAGGCGUGGACAAUUGUGUAGAAAUGCACGUGAUCACCUGGGUUUGCUAAUAGACUAUAUUUUUGGUUUAACAAGUUAUAUCUUUAACCUAUAAAUCAUGUCAAAAUGGAGCCAAUUAAAUAUGAGGAACAGUUAUCAACUUCUUAUUUAAAAAUGAAACGUGUUUGACGAUAGGUUUAAAAAUGGAAAAUAUACGAAACAUUCAUUACACACUGAAUCUUUCAGAAAGGCUUCGAUUGGUGCAAAGGGAAUGUCACGUGAUCUUUUAUGUUUUUGAUGCCUUGAGAAAGAGAGAGAGAGAUCUUUUGCAAAGAUUUUUAAUAUAGCUAUCCCAGGAUGCGAAGCUAUGCAACAGAUGAUCCACAUUGAUGACGCAGUUGCACUACUGGUGCAGUUAGAAUGCUUCCUUUCCUUUAAUCUUGCUCUUUCUGGGACAUUUUCUGGUGCUUAGUGUGGUAUCUUCAUCAUCUUUAAUGAGCCAACGGAAUCUGUGAUCAGUUGCCAAUCUAAUGGAUGACCAGUCACUCACGUAGCUGCAUCCUGCAUUGAAGUCGCCCAUGAUUAUUGCG